ACAACAAUUGCAUUCAGGCAUAAUGUUUCUACGCCGCUGCACUUUUCUGCUGUUACUCUGCCUAAUUGCGAGUGACGCCAACGCCGCUCGCAAAACGAAGCGUCCUGUAAAGCCCGCGAAGCAAACACUGCCACGUACCAACAUAACGCCAGCGCCAGCAGCCGCAAUAGCUGCAGCAACAGCAGCACCAACAACAACAAGCAGCAGCAGCAGCUCAACGACAACCAGCACCAGCGAGCAGAGCGUUGAACUUGUACCACAACUGACCACGGGCAGCAGCAGCAGCAGCGGUGGCGCAAACAGCGCGAUUAGCAACGCUGAGCUGCCCAAGCCGCUGUUGCCACAAAACGAUGCACAGCCGGAGCCCAAGACGGACAAGGCCACCGAGACAGAGGAGGAGUGCGAUCCAGAUAUGAUUGGCUUUGAGAUAAUUACGGGCUACGUGCUGUCGGCGCCCUCAAAAAUGUUGGAUACAUUGCCGGGUACUCUGAUGCUUACGGACUGCUUGGAGGCCUGUCAGAGCAACGAAUCCUGUAGCUCUGUCAACUAUGAAACCGGCUUGUGUGUGCUGUUCAAGACGACCGCCGAUAAAUUGCCAGGUUCACUUUCGCGCUCACAAUUUCCGGUUUUCACGAUCUACGCACAGAAAUCGUGUUUGGGCGUCCGUCCUUGCUCCAAGGCCUGGUGCGUAGAUCGCGUUCAAGGUUACCGCCUGCCCGAGCAUGUCAAAUCUAGUCAGACGGUUCUUUCGCGUCGCGACUGCCUGGAACUGUGCCUGGGUGAAACGGAGUUUACGUGCCGCUCGGCCAACUUCUAUCGCCACUCUGGUCUGUGUGAGCUGUCUGAUAUGGAUCGCAUAACCCUCUCGGCUGCCGGCAGUGUGGAGGCCUAUGAGGGCGCCGACUAUCUCGAGAAUAAUUGCGCUGAGGAGCCGAGCAAACUGUGCGAAUUCAAGCGCAUCUCUGGUAAAAUACUGAAGACAGUGGAUUCCGUUUAUCAGGACAUUAACACCAUUGAUGAAUGUCGCGAUCUGUGCCUGAACUCGCCCUACAGAUGCCACUCGUAUGACUACAAUGACACUGGCGACAUGGUCUGUCGCCUGUCGCAUCACAGUCGCGCCACAUUGACGGAUGUAAUGGAUCCCUAUCUCGAUGUGCCUGAGGCAGCCACCUACGAGUUGUCCGCCUGUUAUAAUGUAUCGAUCGAGUGUCGUUCCGGUGAGAUGAUCACCAAGAUACGCACCUCCAAACUCUUCGAUGGCAAAGUGUAUGCAAAGGGAGCACCCAAAUCUUGUGCCGUUAAUGUCAACAAUUCGCUGGAGUUUGAUUUCCGCAUGGGCUACAAUGAUCUCGAGUGCAAUGUUCGACAGAGUGCCUAUGGUCGCUAUAUGAAUGAUAUUGUCAUCCAGCAUCAUGAUAUGAUUGUCACCUCUUCGGAUCUGGGACUGGCUGUCAGCUGUCAGUAUGAUUUGACCAACAAGACGGUUCUGAAUGAUGUCGAUUUGGGUGUCACUGGCGAGAUCGAAUCGUCGCUUAGCGAGGAGAUUACCAUCGAUUCACCGAAUGUCAUUAUGAAGAUCACCUCACGCGAUGGUAGCGACAUGAAGCGCAUUGCCGAGGUCGGUGAUCCGUUGGCUCUCCGUUUCGAGAUCGUUGAACAGAACAGUCCAUAUGAGAUCUUUGUGCGCGAAUUGGUUGCCAUGGAUGGUUCGGACAGCGCCGAGAUAACGCUGAUCGAUGCUAAUGGCUGUCCCACAGAUCAAUAUAUCAUGGGCACCAUACAGAAGCUGUCACAUAAUCGCAAGGUGUUGCUCUCACAAUUCGAUGCAUUCAAGUUUCCAUCCAGCGAGGUGGUUCAGUUCCGAGCACUGGUCACUCCCUGCAUUCCACGCUGUGAGCCAGUCAUAUGCGAUAGCGAGGAUGGCGCCAGCGGCGAACUCAAGUCUCUGGUCUCCUAUGGCCGCAGGAAGCGCUCCAUUGUUAACGGCACCGAUGGUGGCGAGUUCAUGGUCAGCAGCACACGCCAGCGUCGAGAUAUUGGACCAGCUUCCGCUGAUGAUAACAUACUGCUCGUGCAGUCCAUACAAAUCACCGACAAGUUCGGCUUCCAGGCCGAGGAUGGCAGCCAGCCACCGCAUCCAAUGGAUCCCCAUGAGAAGGCCUUUGCCGGCGUCGCCCAGGACAAGCUCACUUGUCUUAAUGGCUAUGGUUUGAUUUUUGCCGGCUCCCUGUUUCUGCUCGCCCAGCUCAGCAUCUUUGGCAUUUGGAAGACUGUGCAGCGACGCACCAAGAAGGAGCGCUAUCUUUACCAGCAGGAUCCCACGCCCACUAUUACAUACGGUGCACCCACAAUUCUCUAUGGCCCACCACCACCGGCCGGAUCGGUGUCGGGAGCGUCGCAUGUUAGCAGCGCCAAGGAUACGCUGAGCAAACUUUAUGACAGCGGCAUUAAUGGACGCUAUGGUCAGCAGUUCUAAACAGGGUAUCGGAUAGCUCUCACAAUUUAGCUGGGAACAAACGCAAUAUGCCUCGAAAGCUUCAAAAGAUUCGAUGAGACUUGAAUUAGCACAUAUAUAAAUAUAUAUAUUUAUAUAUGUAUGUAUGCGCAGCAAAAAGCAGCGGAAUGCAAUGAAAAUCAUUUGAAAAAUUCUUAGUUUAAUUUUACGUAAAAGAAAAAACAUUUAGCAUAAGUUUUAGCUUAGCUUAAACAUUAAUCGUAUACGCAAUUGAAAUUUGAUAAACAAUUUAAAUGCGCGCUUUUAAAUGCUUGUGGAAAUUCGUCGACACAUUUUCCAGCAUUUUAAAACUGCGCAUUGCAUUUAUAGCCAAAACUGAAGCAAAGAAUAAUCAAAAGUU